AUUGUCAAUGUGGACUCAAAAAUGUAUUUUCCUCUUCACUUUAAUUUAUUGUUACAAUGUUUAAAAAAUGAGAAGAUAUAUUUUAGAUAAAAGAAAAUUAAAACAACGUACGUUGUAUUAUGCACCACUUCUCACCAUGAAGAUUUACAAAGCCCAUUUACAUGGUUAAAAACAAAAAGACAAACAUUAAACCAAAAAAAUAAAAUUAAUGACUGUCAUAGUAAACCCAAUCAUCAAAAUAACUUUUGUUCUUGUACUUUAAUGAAUAAUAGAUUAAAAGCAGACCUUUCAUGGGGCAUGUAUUACUCUAUGUUGAGCACUGUAAAUUAGCAACAUCUUAGCGGCAAGAAACAUCCUAAGUGGUUAACAGAAAUUAUGAAAUGGAACUCCUUCAGCCACAGCUCUGCAGCUAUAUUCAUAUGGUAGCGUUGAGAAAACUCUUCACAGCAUUUGUUUAAAAAAAACAAUUAAUAAAUAUGCUCUUCAUUUUUCCAGAUUGUCAAAGUUAUGCAUGUUUUUUGGAAAUGUCUGGAAAAUGCAUCUGAGUUGAUAGUUUAUAUACUUCAGCAUGCUUGCGUGUUGCAAAUGUUGAUAGUUUACAUACUUUAGCAUGUUCACAUGUUGCAAAUUUUAUUUCAUGUGGUAUGUACAUUGUUGUCCUGUGGUGGCACAUGUCGAAUUAUGUUCAUGUGUUUUUCUUAUAUUCUUUUGUUUGGGCACCAAGCCUCUGGUUAUGCUGAAAUGAGUCUUGUAGUACAUGCAUGCUGGUAUGCAAAUAUGAAUAUCACUUACUCUGGGUCAUGUCACGUGACAAUCUUGGGCAAAGAGCCUCUCAGCCCACCUCUUGUGACUUGUUUAGAACAGAUAAUUGCUCUGUUCCAUAGGUUGACUUUUGUGGUUUAUUUAUUCAACUGACUGUAUUGUGGUUUAUACAGAGGUUCCAUGAAUGUAUACUAUGUAGUGCAGCAAAUCUGGUGAGCUUUACCAAGGUGGUGUUUGUUGCCAAUUUCAAAAUAAAACGCAUUUUGUGUUACUUAACCGCUUUUUACCUACCUCUUUGUACUACCAGUAAUUCCUUAUAUGGUGUUAAAAUUCAAAGACAGGAGUGUGUCCACAAAAUCAUGUUAUGCACUGUCUAAACAUUAAUGAUAAUCUUGCAGAUUAACAUGAUGACCUUUUGGAAGGGGCAAAAUCACACCGCUUUAUGACUCGAUAUGAAAGUUUCAUACUGUGGUAACACCAUUCAUUAGUGUCAUGCAAAGAUACCUUUUUGGGACAAUGGCGUUAAAAUAAUGUUGCGAAAAAUGCUCAAGUUUUGUCAGCUUUGUAGUGUCUUACAGCUGGAAAUACUUGGAAGAACUUAGAUUUAGUGGGCUGUCAUACGAAAACAACCUUGAUGUCUUCUUGCUGGGUGACGUGUUGUGUGUUGUGAACUUCAGAUUCUUCCUGGCUUGUGUUUUGAGAAAAGACAUGUACACCCGUUAACUGGCUGCACUAUCCGGUCAGGAUAUAUUAUGAAACAACUCAGAGAUAAACAGAAAAAAAACCUUUCUGAAGACACUUGGCAGAGCUAAAUUCAAUCUAUUGUUCACCAUCCUUAAAUUUUCAUUGCAGAAGAUAUUAUUUUCUUUUUUGAGGGGAGGGGGGCAUCACAUAAACAUUAGCAUCUGUUAAUGGGCUCAUGCACCGACUAUCACUGUUAAAACUGCUGGAUCAAAAAUAACCCAAUUUGGGUAAAAAAAAAUGGACCGAAAUCACAAUCAGCCAACUCGAAUCAACCAAUGUAGCAGGUUGGUCCAUUUUUGACCCAAAUAAUUGUUGUUAGUUUUUUGACAUAGCAGUUUUAAGAUCUGACCAAUACAAAUUAUUAUUUUGCUGUUGGGCCAAUUGAAUCAGCAUUACACCGAGUAAUAAGAUGUUACUGCAUUGCAUUAGUCUCUGUUGUGUUUACAUUGCAUUCUAUUUACAUUAUACAUUAUUAUUGGUGAAAAUGUAUUUCCAGAUUAAUAAUCUGGAAAUACAUUUUCACCAAUAAUUAAAGUUUAAGUUCCUGUGUAAAGGGGACUUAUUCAAGUGAGACCCAUUUUUUGUGGUAAACGUUAUAAAAAAGAAAUGAAUGUUUAUUGUUUAUUUUGAUUUCAACAGUAUUGCCUAUUGAUUUUCAAGGCAACAUAUGAUUUAUUUUCAUGUUUCAUUUGAAUCAAAAAGAAGAAACUGCCUGAAAAUUAAAUGCUCAACGUAAGGAGAUGGAAAUAGAUGAUUUUUAAAAUAGUGUUACGUUUUACCUCUCAGAAUCAUCAAGUCGUAUGAGUGAUCGGGGUAGGCCGACGCGUGGUUACAGAAAAUGCUGCGAAGCACUGGGCUCGUCACUUGUUCGCUUUUCCGACGUGCUCCUCCGCCUGGACGAAAGAACUACUUUACUCAUGGCGGAUGGAUCUCUCCACCAACCUGGGCAACGUACGCAGUCUACACCUGGCUGAAAAAAAGUCGAAUAUAGAAUGUCGGUGCAUCAAAAGAUACAAACAUAGGUAAGUAGUUAAUAUAUUUUAUUUCGGUUUGAAAAAUUGCUUUGGCUUUCAAGUGCAAUUCGUGUGUGUAGAGACAAGUUUACAGGGGAUGCUGUUUGCAUCACCGCAUCACCUGUUGGGGCGUAUAAACCUCCAUCAGUAACGAGCGAAUCGCGAAUUUUGCAGACGCAAAUUGCAAUCGCAGGGUGUAUUUCUCAAAAUUGCAGGUUUGGACGAAUGUAAUGGAAAGCGAAAAACGAGUUUUAGAGAGAGAAUCACCACGUCAGCCCUGGAGAAGUUGCAAGCUGAUUAUUGAUCCCGCUCUCACAAAAGGACUGUACAAAGUGUACCGCUAUGAUGGGCACGAUUUUAAUAUUGCCGUUGAUGACUUGGGUUUGUUUCCAGUUGAUUCAGUGAAAGAUCCACGCAUCUGCCGCAUGUGGAGUAAAUGCGUAAAGACUGACCUUUCGGUUCCCAGAUUUAAGAUAGAUGAGUUUUACAUUGGCCCUGUUCCUCCGAAAGAAGUGACAUUUUGCAGGCUAAAUGACAACGUCAACAAAGCCUUCCUGACUAAUAUGUGUACGAAAUAUGGCCACACGGAAGAAGUGGAAAUUUUCUACAAUCCAAAGAACAAGAAGCAUUUAGGUAUCGCAAAAGUUGUUUUUGACACUGUGAGGGCUGCAAAGGACACUGUUCAUCACCUUCAUCACACAUCAGUGAUGGGCAACAUUAUCCAUGUGGAAAUUGAUCCAAAAGGUGAAAACAGGGUGCGCUACCUCAAACUUCUCUAUGAGGGUGUCUACACUCCGUGGAGCUUACCAGUGGGUAGCAAUGACAAAAGUUAUCGAAAUGUAAUCGACAAUAUACUGUGCACUUCAGCCCCACAGCGAAAAGGAAGCCCAAGCAGCUUCAUUACUCCACUCUCACUUGACACAGCGUAUUCCAGUAUUAGUCAGGAUACACCUUCCAGCUUUGGAUUAACUCCUUGUUCACAGGGAACUCCACACACCCCUAGCUUUUCUGCAACUCCACUCUCCCAGGACUCAUGCUAUUCCAGUCUUCAGAGCACUCCGAUCCUCCAGGGGGAGCCCACGACUUGCAGCGUUCACAAACCAAUCAGAGGAGAACUUUGUUGUCGUAAAUUCCCAAGGUUUUACUGGGGAGCCGGUGAAGUCUCAGAGGUAAACUUAAAAUUAAAGAACCGCCAACCUCACCCUUCCCUCCCACUGUUUACUCAGAGUAGCAAGCAGAAGCUUGCACCAUAUGGUCAGAAUCAUGCAAAGCAUUCCUCAGAACUUGUAUCCCCUGGCCCAGGGUCGAGGAAUGCGGUCACAACCACCUCAAAAGUGUUACCUACAAACUCUUUGAGCCUCUUGUGCCUCAACUUGGCAGCCAGCAAGCAGGCAGAAGUGACUUUCCCACACGACAACCAUGCAGAUUUACCUCAAUCCCCAGUGAACUUUAUCCCUACAAGUACGCAACCAGAGGGAGAGACAUUAGAUGCCCGAAUACAAAGUUUGCUGACAAACAGCCAAAGUUCACAUACUUUGAAAGCCGAUGUGUUCUGUGAGGACCGCCCAACCUCACCAUAUUCACUCCAGAACUCCCCACUCUCAGAUGGCCCAAAUAAGAUUUUGGCAGAUGUCAAUCCAACACCACUCCUCGAGGAGGAUGAAACUUCCCAAGCUGUUUUUUUUCUUACAUCCCAAAGAGAUAAACAAUGCCCCUCUCCAUUAGAUUUCACACAUUCUGAAGGAAGCGGAGAUGGAAACAGUAAGACAGAUGCAGAAAGGUCCCUGGCACCAUGUCCUAAGGAGCUUCAGUUAUCAAAUGUGGACAAAGGAAACUGUGACGUGUUGAAAGAUGGUAUAUCUUGUGCUCAGCCUCCCUGCAACACUCAGCAGUCCAAACAUCCACUUGCCAUCACAUCUGCAGGUCACCAUCCACCAUUUGCCCCUUUAUGUUUCCUCACUCCUUCAUUUGCCCCUGUUCCGCCUUGCCUGCCGAAUGGCAUCGUUCACAUUCCACCUCCAGGCUGGACCCUUCCUCCAGGCCAUCACAGUAGCAUACGCUUUCAACCACUUUCUAAUUCCCCGUCACUCCGGCCUCCUUUGAUGCCAUGCUCUGUGCACACGUACCCGUCAUCCCCACGACCUCGUUUGAUUUUGGACCAGUGCAACCCAACAAGGCUCGGAAAUGUUCCCUUACCGCCUUCUGCACCGCCCUGGGCCACUUCACCUUUUCCUUGUAUCAACCCUUUAAUGCCACCAUCAGACAACACACUCAUGAGAGAAAACCCACGUAAAGUCACAGUGGGAAAAGUUUUAACUGUGCUCAUGGAUGAACUGAAGUCAAUUAUCAAGAGGGACAUCACUCGCAGAAUGAUUGAGGGAGUGGCAUUCAAGGUGUUUGAGGACUGGUGGGACAAUCAAGAGAAGAAAACCAAGGUACCAGUUGUGUCUUUAAAUAAUAAGAAAAACAAAUGUGUAAGUCCUCUGAAUCACAUUACUGGCGAGCGCAAGAAACCUUCCCUUUCCUCCUUCAAGAUUAAGAAGAAAAGAGGUGAGAAUCCUGCAACAUCAGAAGUGCUAGAAAGUAAAGAUUCUGAUGGAACCCAAGGGGAUAAUAUGUCGGAAUCAACAUUUGAGAGACGCAAACGCAGACAUGCAAGACCGCUUGAUCUCGAUAGUGAUGAUGAUGAUGAAAGAAAUGAAGAACAGAAGACACAUCAAGCCGAGGAAAGGGAAAUUGCAACAGACAAAGAGGAACAGGCUGGGCCCAAAGAAGAUGCAGUGCACAUUUUGUGUGACAGAAAAGACCAUAUCAACAAUGUUGAUGGCAAUCAUCCGGAAAAAGAGAAGUCGAUCGAAAAAGACAUGGAAGCAGAAGACACCUGCUCAGUUCUUGGUGAAGUUCUUUCCUCUGGCAGUGAGAUGUAUUCAGAGUCCAGCUCCUCUGAGGUCUGCUCAUCCGACUCAGACUUCCCUGAUUCUUUUACUUCAGAGAGCGUUGGCGACUCAUCCUACUCUAACUUCAGCUCUGAUGAUGAUGAGGAUGAUGAUUUAGGAGACAAUGUCAAGGAUGGUGAAGGUUUGGAGUGUCUUGUCAUAUCAUCCGACGAGGAGUCCAUGGAGCUUGAGCCUCCUGUGACACCCUCAGCCCCACUCACCCCUGGUGCUCAUAUGGAACUCGCGGACUUGUCAGAUCUGUCUAAUAUGGAGAAAGCAGAGGAGAGCCAGUAUUUGCACCAAGAGCAGGUAAUGAUGCAGCUGCAUUUCACAAAGGCACAGGAGCUACAGCCUCCAUCACACACUGGACGUCCAGCAGUGGCUCUUGAACUUGAUCUGGAGAAGGAGAGACAUGAAUGGAACUUGGGUCCUCCGGAGUAUACCUUGAGGCCUCUCACUCCUACUGGCCGCUUUUUUGACAGUGACCCCGACUUUUUGAUCAGAAGCAAACCAACAUCCCCAGUUGCGGUGGAGGUGGAACGACCCUGGACCCCAGGCAAAGGGAUAGCCUCUCAAUUAGGAAGAGAAGAAUCAGAAGAUGACAAUCUCUCACGUACUAUCAGUGAGCUACAUCUGCCAUCAGAUAGAUCUUUGUUUUUCCCGGAAACACCCAAAACCCCAGGUCGAGAAGACACGAGUGUGUGGGAUCCUAACAGAGGUGAGAGGAUCUCAAAAAGUCCAAAUUCUGAGGGCACUACACCAGAGGAUGCAAGGGUAACACACACACACUCAUCACCGUUUAGCAAUCCAUUUAUAUUAGCACCAAAGACUCCCGGAAGAGAUAUCCUUCUACCACGAAAAGCCUCAGUCCACAGAAGAAAGACUGAAAAAGCGCACACCUCACAACCUCUUUUAUGGGAUGAAUUCCUUGGAAUGUCAUCUCCAUGUCACCUAUCUGAGUCUUCAUCUGAUGGUGAAGGAGUUAGAACAUGGUCGGGUAUGAGAGCGAUACCUCUGCAAGGACUGGAGAACAUGCCAGGUCUCCUCUACAAGGGAAGUAGGAGAGAUACAAAUAUGAGACGUAAAUGGUGGAAGAGACUCAAAAGGGGCUGGAGAAACCACCGUUUUUCUCGUAGUUGUGCUCGCAAGUGGCGUUCGGUUCGGGAGGAGAGGAGGAUACUUCACAGUAUAUGGAAAGAUGGUCUGGAUGAAGAGGAUGGGAGACUGUUGCGGUGCACUUAUGAAAGGCUGCAAGGGCAGGACGAUGAGUGUAGCUGGCUUAGUGACACGCUCUGGAUCCCUCAUCCUCCGACUAAAGUUAUGGAGAAGAAUGAAGGACACCAAUCAUGUCAGCAGAGGCACGUCACGGGCUCAGCCCGAAGCGAAGGCUUCUACAAAAUCAACUGGAGGGAUAAACUUGAAUACCUCAAACAAGCAAGAACCACUCAACUUCCAUCAACAAGCUCUCAGCUGGAACUUCUGACACAGCCUACUGUACUUCGGGCCGGAUCAGACUUCAGGUCAGAACAGCGCCGUUUGCUGUCAUCGUUGAGCUGCGAUAGUGACCUAGUCAAGUUUAACCAACUCAAGUUCCGAGAAAAGAGGAUUUGUUUCAGCCGAAGUCCCAUCCAUGAUUGGGGUCUGUUUGCCAUGGAAGCCAUAGCAGCAGAGGAGAUGGUGAUUGAAUAUGUAGGACAAAUCAUCAGACAGAAUAUUGCAGACAUGAGAGAGCGUAGAUAUGAGAAGGCAGGCAUUGGAAGCAGCUAUUUGUUCCGGGUGGAUCAGAACACCAUCAUUGACGCCACGAAAUGCGGGAAUUUAUCCAGAUUCAUCAACCACAGCUGCAGUCCAAACUGCUAUGCGAAGAUCAUCACUGUGGAGUCUCAAAAGAAGAUAGUGAUUUACUCGCGGCAGUCAAUAGGCAUCAAUGAAGAAAUCACAUACGACUACAAGUUUCCCAUUGAAGACACAAAGAUUCCUUGUUUGUGUGGAGCUGAAGCCUGUCGGGGCUCUUUGAACUGAUCCCAUCUGGACAGCCUGUCUUACAUCUUAGAUAGGAGAGGCACAUUGCCUAAGGUACUGCACAAACACGGACAAUUUAGAUGUGCCUCAGACAUAACAAUCGGACAUUGCCAGCAGCUCUCUUGAAGGUUAAAAAUAACCUGAGAUGCACCAGGAGGACCGACAGAACAUUCCCAACCAGCAUGUAAGCUAUUGUACGAUGAAAUAUGAAGUGAUGAUGGAAGAGUCCUGUUGACUUUUGUUUAAAUAUUCAAUGUACGUAUACGCUAUAGUCUCACUGGAAAAACUUUACAAAGGCAUCUUCUGGGAGGCUAUCUUUGGUUAUACAUCACGGUAAUAAGGACAGUAUGUGAAAGCCAUUGUUAAACCGACAUCUUUGACAAAGUACAUACAUUUAUCAGUUAGGCUUACGAUGCAAAUGAUAACGCACUUUUUCAGUUUCGAGAGGUUCAAUUGUGUUUUACUUGACUUAAGCUUGGCUCAUUA